AUGUACAGCUAUGAUCAGCAGGAGCCAGAGGCACGCGAGACAGUGCACGGACUAUAUUAUGAACCGCACGACGAGGCCAAGAAGAGGGGAUAUGGGGAAUAUCGAGGGCAUGUUCAACAUAUAGAUCUGAUUGCGACUGUGAACAGCUUCAACGACCACGCUUACAAUAAGUUAGUUGAGAAGCUUGGGGUGACUCCUAAUCGAAUUUAUAUGACGCAAUCGAUCCCAAUGAGAUUUCCAGGAAACAAGGCACCUGUCCCUGGAGAUACCGCCGCCUCCGAGCCACCCCAGCCAGCAACACUGGAGGAGACAAUUGUUCAGCGACAGACAGUGAUGACACUCUCGCUCUCUUCCUACGUUGUCUUGUCUUUAUCGACAGUGUUGGCUGGAAACUGGGCCAAAGCCGACUCGUUUAUUCCAACGGUGUCUGGAACACCACAGGAGCUGGGAAAUGUAACAGAUCCGACGAUCAACCGCGACUCAUGUGUAUCAGCGAGAUUCGGUAGUCGCAUGUUAUGGACAUGUCGCGAUUCACAACCAUACGACUCCAACGGAACACCCAUACUCCCCGUUUAUUCAAGCUCAGCUUCAUGGACUGAUUUCAACGACACCGGUACGCCGACUAUCCAGAGUACCAUCCAGGGUUCCGAUAGCUCACAGAUCGGCCUGCUUUGCUACGGAGAUAAUAACGAACAACCCUUCUUUCCAAUCACUACAAGUGAAUGCAAUGACAAUUCUGCCGGUGGAUGCCCGGAUGGAACACGUUACGCUAUUUGGCCCAACAGUCCGCCACUAAUGACGUUUGGGGAUCCUUCGACCGGAUCAGUGGUUGCAUACACGUGGAUUUUACAAUCUCAUAUCACUUCCAAUCUUGCCUUGUUGGAUCCAGAUCCUCCGACGACUUUAUAUCAGAUUAAUUACAACGGCACGGCAGGCUCUUUGAAUUCCACGGAGCUGCCUAGCGUUGUUAGUGUGGACGAUACCUUCUGGAAAGCAGAUCAGAUUCCAUACGGUACGUAUGGCGGCGCUGUUGUGAACGAUACAGCAUAUCUAUACGGCAUGAGCACCGCUGGCACGAUCGGCCUUGCACAGGUGCCCGCCGACCAAGUCAGCAAUCAGACCGCGUACCAGUACUAUGUGAAUAAUGCAUGGACAAGCAUUGCCCCCGGAGUGAACGACACAGGUGUUGAUAUUUCGAACGCAGGUGCCGGCGGCCAGGGUACAUUCUACUACUCAACAAUCUGGGAUCUAUUCGUAUGGAUUGGGCAGGCGGGCGAGAGUAUCGCUGCCGAUUUCUACAUCACGACUGCCCCUGCCGCUGAGGGCCCGUGGGCUGAGCCUGUCAAGUUCUAUUCAGGUGAGAGUAAUGGGAUGGCGUACUCAUUGCAGGCGAAUCCGGGUUUGGUUAGCGAUCCCAACGAGAAUGCAAUUUACUUGUCGUAUACUGUCAGCACUGAUGUUGGGUAUUAUACGCCAUUGGUUUAUGUUCAGUGGGAGUAAAUAUUUUUAGAGGUUCUUGCAUUAGAUUUUGGUUGAGGAUUAGAUUUUUUCAGGGGGUUAACUUGUAUAUGGUUGGCGUUAUGUUCCC